UCAAGGCUCUCAGCCGAGCCCCGCGCGGAGCCUGGCGCGGCACGGCGAGCCCCGCGCGAUGUCGGAAGUGACGCGAGAGACGGAGCCCAGCGCGGGAAUGGCGAGCGGGCCGGAGAGGCCAUCGGAGCUCGAGGAACGCCCGGAGCAUGAGCGCCCUGACGCAACCAGGCCCCGACAGCCGCAGGUGAUGGAGCAGUCACGAUCUGUACCGACAAUCCCGUCGCGCUACACGGUAACGCUCUUCAAGGGCAACCGGGAGUACAAAGGGUUCAACAGCCGCGCUCUGCGCUUCCAGACGCACCCGGAAGAAGGGCCCGGGCCUGGCAGUUACAACAAGCAGAAGGGCUUCUACCAGGAGUUCACGGAGAGGCCCAGUUGGGGAGCCCGGGGCACCAGCGGCUUCGCCUCCAAGGCGCGGCGCUUCGGCCUGAGGUCUAUGCCCAGCAUGCCCCCUCCUGGCCUGGGCUGCCCAGGGCCAGGCGCCUACGAUGCCAUGAAAGCCUUGCAGAAGGCGAAGGAGCAGAAGAACUUCAGCACGGCAGGAGCAUCGGCGGCCUUCAACCCCAAGGCUUUCUCUCCCAAGGUGGAGAAAGCUGGUCAGCUGCCGGGACCCGGGCAGUACGAGCCCCGCACGCUCGCAAGGGAGGCCGCAGCGGCGCAGGCAGCCUUUAGGUCUUGCAGCGAGCGCCUAAAAGGCAGCUCCGAGUCCGAGCAGCCCGGGCCUGGAGACUACGAAAGCGGCGCGAGGCCGGUGGGCUACAUUCCCGAGUACCACCAGGGUCUGGAUAUGCGAUACCCGACCUUCAAGGAGCGAUCGAAGCCGCGCAUCGCGAAGGUCCACCAGGAUUUGCCCGCGGCCUCCUCCAAAGCGCGCAGAAUCCUUGGAGACUUCGGCGACGAGGUGAGCCGGGAGUGCUGCGGCUUCGGCCCCGGGAUGAUGCCGGGGCCUGGGCACUACAGACAGGAGCUCCUAGACAAGUCCACGGCAGCAGUGUGCGCCAGCGCAUUCCGAGAUGGGCCGAAGCGUACGGACUGGGCUCCGGAGGAGCUUGCCAAGCUGCCGGGGCCUGGGAAAUACGAAGCCUCCAAGGCAGUGAACGGCUGGCUCACCUCCGCCAAGUCGGCCUUUGAGUCCAGCUCCGAGCGCGGCAAGCUGCAGUUCCCGUCUGCGCCGGGGCCGGCCUACUACAGCCCUCAGCUGCCCAAGAUGCAGAACCCCCGUUAUCGGAAUUCAUGCCCGAAUUUGGGCUCUGGAUCGCACGGUUUCAGUCUCACGCCAAAGCAAGCUUCACCAAAACGGCGGUAGCGCUCACCGCGAAACGGUGCCGGGAACCGGCCGCCCAAGGAGGUGCCUCGAGGCUCGCUCUCCGAGCACAGCGCUGAGGAAAGGUCGCGUCAGCGCUUCGAAACCAACUGCCU